AUGGUUAAUUUAAGUUCUAUAUUGAUGCUAACUCUUAUACAAUUGUAUAUCUUUGUUAGUACAGUGAACUCGUUAGAAUGUUACGUUUGCGAAAACCAAGAAGACAACUCCGAGAAAUGUGCUAAAACUAUUUUGACCUGUGAAUAUAAUCAAGAUGUUUGUUUGACUGAGAUCAAAUGGGGCAGUACACCCUAUUGGUCUCAAGGUGCUAAAAAGCAAUAUUAUGUGUCUAAGAGAUGUUCCAAUAAAACAGAAUGUGCUAUGACAAGACAGCGCUAUAUGCCUUUGUGUACUAACAUUUGGUAUCAAGACUGGGUAUGUUCAGAUUGUUGCCAAGGAGAUCGUUGUAAUUAUUAUAUUAUUAUAUGCCACACUUUUUAUAACCCAACUGAUAGUGGAGCUGUACAAAUUACACAAAGUAAUUUAGAUAUGGUUUUAGCUUCAAAUGAAAUUGUAUUUAUUAAUUUUUAUGCUGACUGGUGUAAGUUCAGCAAUAUGCUGAUGCCUAUAUUUGAUGAUGCGGCGGACGAAGUGUCAAAAGCCGGCUAUGAUCCUGGACAAGUGGUUAUGGGGAAAGUUGACUGCGAUAAGGAACCUUCUGUAGCUACAAGAUUUCAUAUUACCAAAUACCCUACUUUAAAAUUAUUCCGAAAUGGAUUACCAGCUAAAAAGGAGUACAGAGGUCAGAGAUCUGUAGAAGCUUUUGCAGAAUUUAUUAAGAAGCAGCUGACUGAUUCAGUUGUAACAUUUAGUUCUUUAAAAGAGCUUCACAGCUUGGCGGAAGAUAAGAGGCACAUCAUAGGGUACAUGGACAGAAGGGAUCAAAAGGAGUAUGAAGUAUUGCGAAAGGUGGCUGCUACUUUGAAGGAUGAGUGUAUAUUUCAUGCUGGAUUUGGUGACGCAUCUCAACAAAUGCAUCCACCAGGACAACCAAUUGUUGUCUUCAGAACUGACAGGAAAACGUCUGCAGAUCCUGAUGAAACUUACACGGGAUCUCUAUUAGAUUUUGAUCAGCUGCAUAGUUGGGUUCAGAAGAAAUGCAUACCAUUAGUCCGAGAAAUAACAUUUGAAAAUGCAGAAGAACUCACUGAAGAAGGGUUGCCAUUCCUGAUUCUGUUCUAUCAUCCUGAUCAUCCGGAGAGCAUUAAGAAGUAUAAGGAAGUUGUUUCGAUGGAACUGGAGUCUGAGAAACAAAAUGUCAACUUCUUGACUGCGGAUGGAGUGAAGUUUGAACAUCCUCUGCAUCACCUUGGCAAGUCGGUGGCUGACCUGCCUCUGAUUGCCAUUGAUUCCUUCAGGCAUAUGUACCUGUUCCCCGAUUACAAGGAGAUGGACAAGCCUGGCAGACUAAAGGAGUAUUUGAAAGAUUUGUAUUCCGGAAAAUUGCAUAGAGAAUUCCACUACGGCCCGGAAUCGCCCCAAGUGAUUAUGGUAAAUAAUGAAGUCAAGGUGACCACACCUCCCGAGUCUACCUUCAAAAAGUUAGCUCCGUCCAAAAACAGGUACACCCUACUCAGAGAUGAAUUAUAA